AUGUACAGCGCAUCAAUACUAAAGCCUGCCUUACCCCUCCACCAUUGUGUCCUCCGGUUACAACCGCUCGUUCGUGGUUUCAGAGGAGGGUAUGGCGUGCCGAAGGUGCCAGCGGAUGUUGCCCUCUCCCUGACACUGUGGGGGCCGUCGACACCGACCACCUUGGUCGGGGAUAGAUUAUUCUGGGGCAUGUCCGAGACGCUGAUUUGCGAGGUUGAUGCUAUUCUCCCGAAGAUCGAUACAUUUUGUGAGGCCAUUCACGCCAAGGGGGCACCUCUCCCGCGUUGCUGGCGUAUCUAUUAUGAUGGUUGGAAGCGUGUGCACGCCUUGAAAUAUCAGGCGGUUGAUUCGCCUGACGGCAUAAUCAGGCAACUUUGGGGCCCCACGUUAGGGCAGCAAUCGUUCAAUGACGAGUUGGGAGAACCCUGCUACGUAUACGGUGACCCUGCAUACCAGGCGUCGCCGUGGCUUAUGGCGCCUUUCCGGGGGGUGAAGACCGCCUUAGAGGAGGCAUUCAACGCGAAAAUGAGCGCCGUCAGGGUGUCCGUCGAGUGGGGGUUUUGGCGAGUCGUGGCCUUGUAG